AUGAAUUUCCCCAUUCGAAAGAAUAUUAAGACGUGGAAUGAAAUCUGCACAUCGGUUCGUGAUUCUCGCAAGCGUUUUAAUGAUGUCUGCCCAUCUUUGCCGUUCAACUUUAACUUUCGCUACAAUCACAACAACGAAAAGCUACGAAUAUACUUUUUGUCGUCUCAAAACUCUUCGGAAACUACCCUAUUUUACUGUGAUGCUCCACUAGUGAAACAAAUUAAUGGUCUUGAUAGAAGCAACGGAACUAUUUUUGAAAUUGAAGAGGACAUUAUGAAUAAGAUGCGCAGUGAUAUUCAAGCGUCUGAAGAAGCAAUGCAAACUGGAGAAAAUGACUACGAGAGUGUCGACAUUGGCAAUGAAAGUGAUGAAUACAGAAAUUAUUAUGAUAUGGAUCAUAAUAUGAGCUCAAAAUCGUCUUCCCUUCCUUCCUUAUCUUCAUCACCUUCAAGUGGCUCCUACUCGCAUGACCCGUCACUUUACCGAAAAACCGUUGCUUCACCUACCUCAUCGAUGACGAAUUUUCCUACAUUGAGCUGGAAACCUCUCAUUAUGAUGAACAGAGCUUAUUUUGCUUCAAACGACGACAACACUGAAUUUAUUCAAAGUGGAAAAAGUGACCGGUCUUCCAAUAAGUCUUCAACUAGCUCACACGAAGAAGACUUGAUUUUACAGCGAAAGCGAAUUCUCUACAACGGUGUUAUUUCUUAUGAUUUUCAUCCUGGUGCGGCUCGGUUUGUUUUUACGAUUAAGAACAUGAUCUACUGGUUUGACGAUUUAGAAAUUGCCAGCCAACCAACCGGUGACACUAGUUGUACGACUGAAAGCAACUCUGGUGAUGAAAAUCUUACCGAUCUCAAUGUGCCAAGAUCAUUUCUGCGAAUGAGCGAAAAGCUGUCCGCACCGCCUCCGUAUAUCCCACACAAGCUAAUGACAAACACUCACGUGAAGAUGAAUGCCACCAUUUGUCCACACAACCCGGACGUGGUCGCUUACGUUGCCGACAGUGACCUGUGGGUGUGUGAUCUGGUGUCUUGCAAAGAGAUGCGUCUCACGACGACUGAUUACGCCAAAACUGGCAUUAUGGCUGGAAGACCAUCUUUUGUAAUGCAGGAGGAAUUUUCUCGUUUUAAUGGAUUCUGGUGGGGCCCGACAUCGCCAACCGACACUGAUGGCCAAAACUACACCAUUUUGUGUGAGUUUGUUGACGAAUCAGAAGUGGACGUGUGCUCUAUUUCUAGCUGGGACGGCACAAGUGAAUUUCAUCGUUUUCCUAAAGCUGGUUGUUCAAAUGCCAAAUCCUCUUUAAAGUUAAUCAACUUUCAGCUGAAUGACCUGAAAACACUGUCAAAGGCAAACAACAACAAUCGCGACAAAAUUGUCGUCAAAGAACUUCCUGUUAACUUUGGGGACUUAUUUCCCGAGUUUGAAUAUUUGGUUCGUUGUGGCUGGCAGUCCUGGGACACAGUGUGGGCUGAAUUGUUGAACCGCCAGCAAAACAAACUUGUGAUUGUGCUUGUUUCAGUCAAUUUUUACUUUCCGCCACAAAUUAUUCAUGAAGAAUCUCGCGAAAAUCACUGGUACAACUGCCAUGAUAUUCUAUACUUUUUCGCUCAAAAUGAUGAAAAGUCACUAGAGUGCUACCACAUUAAGCCAGACAGUGUAGUUCAGUUCCUCUGGGCGUCAGAGGAUUCCGGAUUUCGGCACUUGUACAAGAUUUCAGUUAAAAUUGUGGGAAACAUUGCACCACUCUCGGAGCCAGCUGAAGACAAUGACAUAGGAGAACCCGAUUUAGAGUCAGCUAAACUGAACAACUUUGACGAAGCUUUUUUCGACGAGGCAAAACGCAAUAUUCAACCGACAGCAUUGAAGUCUUUGCUGAUCAGCAAUCACCAAAUUACUAACGGAAACUGGGAGGUUUAUGAAUCACUAUUUUGGGUGGACGAGCAAAAAGAUUUAGUCUACUUUCUCGGCAAUAAAGACAGUCCCCUGGAAACUCAUCUCUACGUAGUCUCCUCAUCUAAUUCGCCUCGCGUGCAGCCUCGAAGACUCACCAAAGAGGAUUUCACCCACAGUCGAGUCUUCUUUGACCCAGAGUUUCGCUUUUGCAUAGACUUUCAAUCAAACCUGACAAUGCCUCCCUUUGGACUCUUCCACGAGGUCGUCUCGCCUGAACAUGCUUCUCAUUCGGUCAAUCUAGAGCCACUCUUCUAUUUUCUUGGACUCUCUGAAGAUGUCUCGUUGGAUGAGCCGAUUGAGUACCAGUAUCAGGAUAAAGUGCAAUACCUAGGUCUCACUCCCCAACUGUUUGAGUACAAGCUGAAAAGUGGUGAACUGGUGUACGGGUUUCUCUUUAAGCCGGACUUUAUGGAGCCUGGUGCCAAGUACCCCGUUUUACUGGAGAUCUACGGUGGUCCGGAGGUUCAACUCGUCAACAAGUCAUUUAGAGGUAAGACAAAAGAUUCUAGACACUUGAUCGCCUCAGAGGGCUACGUCGUUGUUGGAUUCGACUCUAGAGGGUCAAAGUACCGUGGCGUUGAGUUUGAGCGGCACAUUUACAAGCGCUUAGGUCAAGUGGAGAUUCUCGAUCAAGUGGAAGCCCUGGAAUGGCUGGCAGAGAACACCGGUUUCAUGGACAUGAGCAGAGUGGCAAUUCACGGCUGGUCUUAUGGCGGGUACCUGUCUCUGAUGGCGCUAGCCCAAAGGCCUGACAUCUUCAAGUGUGCUAUUGCCGGUGCACCGGUCACUAAUUGGCUGCUCUACGACACCGGCUACACUGAACGGUACAUGGGACUGCCUGAGGAGAACGAAGAGGGCUAUCGACUGAGCAAUGUACUCUCCUACAGCAAAAACUUUCCUAACGAGUACAAUCGACUUUUGAUUAUUCAUGGCCUAAUGGAUGAAAAUGUUCAUUUUUCUCACACCGCUCAUCUGAUAAACUCUUUAGUUUCACAAGGCAAACCUUACCACUUGAACGUCUUUCCAUUUGAACGACACAGCCUUCGAAAGCUAUACAGCUCUGAACACUAUGAAGCCACGCUGCUGCAGUAUUUGCAGCAACAUCUUUAG